UCGCAGCGCAACUUUUUCUCGAUUCAACCUCAUCGGUUUGUUUCUCAUUCUCGCAGUUUCUUCUUCGUUGUUGCAAAAUUAUUGUUGUUUGUAAACGCAAUUUGGAAGGAGAAGAGGAGGAUUGGUUGAGGAAGAGAAAUUCAAUAAAUUCUUGGAAUUCCUGGUCUGGUCAAGCCACAACUGCUGGACACACAUUUCCUGUCGUAUAAAGUUUGAAAGUAUGGAGUAAAGGUGAAGGGUUUCCGGGUUUCAAAAAAAGUGAAAGGCAGGAGGAUACUAAUUACACUUGUUUAUAUUCGAAGUUUGACGUCGCCUAAAACAAGUAGUAAUGAUUUGUUUUAUCCAAAGAAGAUGGACAUGAUACACAUAGUAAUUAAGCUGAAGUGAACGUGAAGUGAAAUUAUUUCACAUUUGGUUAAACAAUUUAUGCAAAUCGCUCGUUGAUUAUAAAAUUGUUCAUCGAGGAAAAAAGAAACCACUGUUUAAGAUGGCUACUAAAUGUCUUAUUUGUGACGGAGACAUACAAACAAAUGGAAUUAACGUACCAAGAGGUGGGGUUCCCACAAAAAAGUUUCAUCCUGAUGUGGAAAGCCCCAAAAUUCCCGUACUCGGUGACAGAUCCAAAUUUGCCCUCACCCACGUCCAGUACACUGUACUUCAAAGAGUGCUCACCCUUCCUGAAGAAGCGUGUAAAAAUGAACUCAUGUUUGGGCCCUAUUGUCGCGAGUGUUUUACUAAUAUCAACAACGUUUGUCACUGUAUGACUGCCUUGGAGAAUCUUCAACAGUCAGUCAUGGAAUUCAGGAAGGAUUUUGGUACCAAGAUACAAAAGAGUUGUGAUGAUACUGGACCUGGAAUACCUGCUAAAGGGUCCAAAAAGAGAAAAAGUAAUCCAACUGACAAUAAUUCAAAUAGUCAGCCUGUUUUCUCUGCACGCAGUACGAUUCUCAACUAUUUGAACAAGGGUGUCUUCACCGGAGGCGUUCCUAAUAUAAAACAGAAUGUGAAAAUGAACAGCAACAAACAUAUUCACGACACUAUCAGUAAUAUGGACCCCAACACCCAAUCUCCUGACACCCACGUCGAAGCUGACCUCGUGGUUCGGACGACUAAUGGAAAUAUGCCUGCCAAAAAGCACAAAGCAUCACAGAAAAAAUGCAAUUUGCCACCCAAAUCUAAAAAGCAAGUUAAACCUCCUAAACCACCAAAACCGUUAAUAACAGCAACGAAACAAUUAAAACCAGUAGUAACGCCAAUAGUAAAUGCUUCUGUCACCCCGACCGAACCUAUUGUCAAGGAAGAAAAUCAAGGAUAUAAAUGUUGGUGUUGCUCUCGAGUUUUUCCUACGGAUGCCGCCCUUGAUAAGCAUGAGGAGGUCUCUCAUCGCCACAAAUGUACGGUUGCGGGAUGCACGAGAAUUUUUCAUACUCCAAAGUCACUUAAAAGCCACAUGAUUAACACGCACAAAAUAACUUUGACAAAAGCUUUGAAUGUGCGAAAAAUGAAGAAAUGUGACGAAUGCUCAAGAUAUUUUCCAAAUUUUAAGGCGCUCAAUAAACACCAAGCCGUCAAGCAUCCCAAGAAGCCUGCUAGUACAAAUAGUAAUAAUUCAUCAACCACCAGUAGCAGGCCAGGUCGGUGUAAAAUUUGUUCGAAAAUUGUAAUGGAUAUCCAAGCCCAUAUGAAGAUGCAACAUCCUGAGGCUGUUAAUGAGAAUCAGCAAAAGUCAAAAACUACUAUUACUGCUGCUGAAGAGACAGCAACAAAUCGUGAUUCACCACAACAAAAAGUGAAGACGAAAGUCAAUAACGGGAUAGAAACACGACCCAUGAAGUCUACAAGAUCUAACCCAGAUUUGUUUAAACAAGUCGAUCCUAAAGUGACUGAAACUGAACAGUCCUUGUUCAUCUUAAAAUCUGAAGAGACAAAUAAGACUGAAAAUAACGAUGAGAAGCUAAAUUCGCCACCCCUUCCAUCACCUCCACUUCGAUCUGCUGUCCCUUUCAACUUUUCGGUACCCUCGAAUAUCGCCAAGUUGCCCACUCCACCUCAAGCCCAGGCAGGAGCAGGAUCCAGCAAAUACCAGUUUAAGAAUUUAUUGAAAAUUGGAGAUAAAAUCUGAACUUCAAAGUUAAAAAAAUGCAGGCUUUGACCUUAUUUCUAAUUCUAACUAAACGUUGCAAAAUUCACAAUGUUGGCAGAUAGGAAGAAAGUUAUCACAUAUUUAUCAUCCAUAAUUAUCAAGAACCAAUUUCUUAUCCGGAUUAUUUUAUUAAGUAUUAGUUUUAUAUUAUUUUAAUUAUAAUACACUACAUGUUCAUUAAAUUUUACGCAUGCCACGCUAUUUUCAAUCUUUGUUAAAGGAUUAAACAUGUAAUAAGAAUUAUCAUAUAUCUGUCAAUUGUUGAAUGUAUUUUCAAAUUCAGUCCGUACAAAAUGUUAGUUUUAUUGUUUCACUUUGUUAUUUUACCAUAUUAUGAUUCAUAUUCAUAACUUCAUAAGAUAUAAUUUUCAACCAUAAUUGAUUUCAUUCGAUUCCCAUGCAUCCAUUGAUUAAAUUCCGUAGCAAGUAGAUUGACGAGACUGCACUCCUUCACUUACUUGUGGGUAGUGAUAUAAGUAUUUUGUAUCAAAUGAAACUGAAUGGUUGAUUUAAUGCAAAAUAAAUGCUUGCAUACAAAA